ACGUGUAUAUGUGUGUAUGUGUGAGUGUGUCGUCAUGGCGGCUCAUGUAUAGUGAAUGAGGAGGCGGUGUCCUCGCAGGAAAACUGGCUGCUUCUGGUUUCCAGACAUAAAUACAAAGCGGAGCCGGUCUGCGGGAGAAACGGGCACAAAGGAAAGAGGAGCAGUCCUGAGGUUGUGUGUGUUUUUAAGAAGCUGAAGAACACGAGAGUCAGACUCCAUCGAAGAGGAGCUUGGACGGCAUGCAAAGUUGUGAAAUUUCGUCAGACAGCACUGAUGAUCCUCUUAGUAGCGACCUACACACUCAUCGACAGCCUAGAAUAGUAGUGAUUGGCGCUGGCUUGGCAGGCCUUGCUGCAACUCGGGUCCUACUGAGAAACGGCUUCACGGAUGUCACGGUUCUAGAGGCGUCAGACCACAUCGGCGGAAGAGUCCACAGCGUUCAGCACGGUGAAGCAACUUUGGAGCUCGGAGCCACCUGGAUCCAUGGCGCCAACGGGAACCCAGUGUACCACCUGGCAGAGGACAACGGGCUGCUGGAGCACACCACAGAUGGGGAGAGGAGCGUGGGACGCAUCAGCCUGUACACCAAGAAUGGUGUCGCUCACUACCAGACCAACGUGGGGAAGAGGAUCCCCAAGGACCUGGUGGAGGAGUUCAGUGACCUGUACAACGAGGUGUACGAGCUGACUCAGGAGUUCUUCCAGAAUGGGAAGCCAGUUUGUGCUGAGAGCCAGAACAGCGUUGGCAUCUUCACACGAGAUGGGGUCCGCAAGAAGAUCAUGUUGGAUCCCGAUGAUUCAGAGAGCAUCAAGAAGCUCAAGCUGUCCAUGCUUCAACAGUACCUCAAGGUUGAGAGUUGUGAAAGCAGCUCUCCCAGUAUGGAUGAGGUGUCUCUGAGUGAGUUUGGCGAGUGGACAGAGAUCCCUGGGGCCCAUUAUGUUAUUCCUGAGGGCUUCAUGAAGAUCGUGGAGCUCCUGGCCCGGGACAUUCCCUCCCGCACCAUCAGCCUUAGCAAACCGGUCCGCUGUAUCCACUGGAACUAUUCAGCCCAGCAUCAGGAGGUGAUCGCCAAGAGCAGCGACACCAACCAGGACAACAACCACAACACGAACAACCACACCCGCCAGCCUCAGGACCCGCUGCCACUGGUUCGCCCCAUUUGCGUGGAGUGCGAGGACGAGGAGUGGAUCGUGGCCGAUCACGUGAUCGUGACAGCUUCUCUGGGCGUGCUGAAGCAGAACCACGAAGCCAUGUUCUCCCCGUCUCUGCCAGAGGACAAGGUGCUCGCCAUAGAGAAGCUGGGCAUCAGCACCACCGACAAGAUAUUCUUGGAGUUUGAAGAGCCCUUCUGGAGCCCGGAGUGCAACAGCAUCCAGUUUGUGUGGGAGGAUGAGGCUCAGCUGGAACAGCUGGCCUACCCCGAGGAGCUGUGGUACAAGAAGAUCUGCAGCUUCGACGUCCUCUACCCCCCCGAACGCUACGGCUACAUGCUGAGCGGCUGGAUCUGUGGGCAAGAGGCACUGUACAUGGAGCGUUGUGAUGACGAAACAGUGGCUGAGACCUGCACUGAGCUGCUGAGGCGCUUUACAGGGAACCCUGACAUUCCAAAGCCCCGGCGUGUCCUGCGCUCCUCGUGGGGCAGUAACCCGUUCAUCCGAGGGUCCUACUCCUUCACCAGGGUGGGCUCCAGCGGGGGGGACUGUGAGAGACUGGCCAUGCCACUGCCUUACGCCAACAGCACCAAGGCUCAACCUCUGCAGGUCCUGUUCGCUGGAGAGGCCACCCACAGAAAAUACUAUUCCACUACCCAUGGUGCUUUGCUGUCAGGACAGAGAGAAGCCACUCACCUGGUAGAGAUGUACCAGGACCUGCACAGAGCUCAAACCACGAAGCCUAAUAUGUAAAUAAAACAAACCUCUGACUAAUACUGAAAAAUAAAAACACAAACAAUAGAAAACUGUGGGUUUUUAAUCUUUUUAUUUUGAAGAUUAAGUUAUACUUAAAAACAUAGCUCGGGCAUUAUUACAUUGUUAACGAAUGAAUAUUGUUUCUAUUGUACUGUAGAUUGAAGUCAUGCUAAUUUCUUUGGGAUGUACUGGUCAAAAGUUUCCAAUGGUGCUGUCAUUUUUAUGUCUUUAUCAUUUUGUCUUAUGUUGUUCUUUUUUAAAUCAGUAAUUUAAUGGUUAUAAUAACAGCUUCUGUAAUUUAACUUGUUUUUGUAAGUGCCUUCUGUAUGUAACGUUAUGUUCUUUAAAAAAAAAUGGAAAAUACUAAAUUAAGUAUUCAGAAAGUUUUAACAAAAUAAAAACUCUAUGAUCAUCAAGCAACACCAGCUCCGUGUUGUCCAUUCAGUCAACGAUUGACCAUCUUCACUUUUUGAAUCAGUGAGAGAGAGAGACAGAAAGUGACCGCACAUGAGAGGAAAAGAAAAGGCUCCGGUGCUGUAAAGCUGUGCCAACGUGACAGAUGGUGUUGGAACAGACCUCAGCCCAGUCCUCACUUCUGUUGGACAACAGAGUUAAUCCUCCUCAUCGCUGACAAAACACAAUCAGACGCUGAGAAGAACUGGGAGAGUUUUAAUUAGCUACGGAACAACUUCCUUCCAACUCACAGUUGUACUCUACAUAUUUCUUUUUAAAUGUUCACAAGGUGAAAGGAAAUCAACAAAUGCUUUACUAAUUUUCCAUUUUGUUAUGUGCUCACUGAAAAAUAUUGGAGAAAAGUGUCUAUUUACUUUGUAAAAUUUCAGUUUACAUGUGCCCUCAGUGUUUGUGUGGAGUUUUUCUCCAGAAGCUCCGGCUUCCUACUGUGACGUUUGGAUUGGGGUUUGGAUAAUUAGAGAUUAAAAAUGGCCGUAAGGGUGAAAGUGAA